UUAUCGAUCUGUAAGCGGCUCGAUGCCGCUGAAAAGUAAAGGUAUCCUUUGGAUGAGUUCUCGCCAAAUCGGCGGAGCUCACAACAAUGUGGCGACUCAAUCUAGCUGCGUUGCCUCUUGUGCUGCUGCUGCUGCUCCGAUGUUGCGUGUCGUGUUCGUCCGAGACGGGCCAAUACAAUCGGCCAAGCCGGAGACACCGCAACGUGAGCUGCUUCCAGUGUAGCUGGCUGUCCGAGCAAACGGUGGACAACGAGCGCCGGAAGGAGUUCGGCAAGCGCUGGAAGGCCACGUACGCGGAAUCGGAGAUCACCAUCGACAACCCGUUCAAGCCGCCCCUGCUGGGCGUCGAGACGUUCGCCCAGAUGCCCACCAGGGCGCAGCUGGCGGCACACUGCAACAACUGCAGCAAGAUUGACGGCAUGUGCGCCCGCUGGACGUUCUACGGAAACACGGGUAAACCGGCCAACGUGACGUGGAUGUGCGUGAACAGCCGACAGACGGGCUGCUUCUUGGAGCACGUGCCGAGACACUUCGUGAAGGAGGUGUGCCUGUGCGCCGACAGGCACCACUGCAACGUCGCCCCUGCGGCAAAACCUGCGUCACUGGUAGUCGUGCUUCUCUGGGCGACAUGGACUGUGGUGUCUUGGACAGUGCUCUCUUGACAUCGCAAACGAGCGGAAUCAACAUGUGCAUUUUUUGAGCCAGGGUAAAUAAGAGAAAAGACAACAGAAUAUAGACUUUUAACGCGAAGAGCAUUCAUUGUCUCAUACCAGGCACAUCGUGACGGGUUUUCAGGAUCCUGUUCAACUCGUUUCGGGGCUCUCCAGUAAAAUAAAAAAGAAGAUUAUGCAGACCCCAUGCACUGUGGGAAUCGAACAGUGGGCAUGCGAAACAUUGUUCAGGUAGCUGGCUAUCCAGCAUCGUUUCGGUUUCUGCGUAGCGUUACCAGAGGGGCCAACAUGUUGGUGUAAUAAGACCAAUUGUUUGCGUAAAUAUCAUGCUACAACGAACCAUUAAAGUGAACAAGAAAAAUAAGAACUGAAUAUGGCAGUCGAACCAAGAGCUGGUGUUUGUCUACGGGGGAUGCUUAGAACUUUAUAAGAAUGUGAAGGCCUAGUUGGUCCUAUAGUGAUGUGUAAUGAAGCUCUGAGCCCACGCGGCGACGUUUACAAGGCACGCGAGCGCGCUGCGAGCGUGCUGCCGCCGUUUCCUGAACGUUCUACGGACGCCGCCACAGCGCUUGCCCUCAACUGUUGGACAGCCACUUCCGUAUCCACAAGUUCCAGGCUCUUGCAGCGUUCCUGGCUCCGGCUGCCACCCUCCGACCCCGACUUCUACGAGGACUUGUGGGCAGCCAUCCUUGCUCACUACGACACCUCGAGCUCUCAGUCAUAACAGCCUCUCGCCAUUUCAACCGUCGCGUCAUUUCGCGUCUUGUAGUCCCUCAUCGCCUGCGUCCAGCCGUGCCGAUCGUCAGCACGCGCCGGCCCCAGCAUCAAACCUCUACUCGGUUCGUGAACCUCCUCCCCUUCUCAAAGGCAGCUGCGCGACGACUCUUCCCAAGGUAUUCACUAGGCCCAACUCGAGCGCUUUCCGCUAUCCUACGUUCCGUCGCUCGCCUUCCUUGGACGUUCCCGCAAGCUAUGCGCUUCCCGUUCGGGAGCGCCUCACUCCUUACCGAUUCAAAGGCUCUUCCACCGGCUCCAAUAGGCGCAAAUUUCUCGCAGGCACGGCGAUGCCACAAGGACAACCUUCGCGAUGCCUUCACCGACCACCUCACAGUACGUGGAAUCGGAAUAAUGUUUCUACCGAUACGAAAUCGUUUGGGCGAGGUGGGCUUCAUUAUACAGGGGGCAGCAGAGACGACAAAGUUAGGCACAGAGAUGACGAAACAGGAAGAGAGAUAUAUACAACAUAUUUAGAUGUUGGUAGUUUCGGGAGUCUCUGAUGUAGCGGAGGACCUUAACAUCUCUAAAUAGGGUCACUUGCGUGACAAGGUCCAAUCAGCGGGCGAGUUCCUGUGGGAGUGUCUUCAAGAAGUGAGGGCGGUCCUUCGUCGGCCGGGGCGCGAUCCACGGCUCCUCUGUAUAGACUUUUUUUUCAUUGUCGCCGCCAUAUUGCAUAAGAAGUUGCGCCAUCUAUGCGCAGUUGGCAUGAUGGCUUGGACGAGCGCUCCGUGUUGUAUGCCGGGUAUAGGCAACUCCACAAUCCGCUACUUGAUUUGGCAAAAGUGUCCAAAUAAACAAUAAUGGCUACGACGUCCAGGUUCACGGUGGCUCUUUCGCUUGGUGCUGUUGUCAGGUUUCUCUUUUGUAGCGUCGAAUCGAAGUAUUUCGUGGAACCCGAAAGGGUCCUUGCUGCCGUUCACCUUAUUUUGAUCGGUCUCAAGGAUUUCAGCUACAAAUUCGCGGAAAUAGUUGCACUGUGCGUGGAAACGUCCGGCCUGCCCAGCCAGCCGCAUCAGAAGGGAAAUGUUUGUGCGUGGUGGGCCUCCAAAAGGUGCACGCACUUGUUUGUGGGGUUGCUCCAC